GAGGCUGAGGUAUUGGUUCCUACUGUCUCUAAGAUUUCUCUUAAGGGUGCCGAGGUAUCUAUCUCUUCAGCUGAGGUCCCUGCCCCCGUGGGUAUCGAGGCACCUGUCUCACCACCCAAGGUCUUGGCUUCUGUGGCUCCUUCUACACCAGCCAUCAUAUCUGUUCCUCCCGAGCUUCCUAAGCCACCUGAGGCUCCUAUUGACUCCACAUCAACUACUAUUCUUGAGAUUCUGAAGUUGCCAAGGCAAUCUGAGAUCCCAGAUCCAACUAUAGGCACUUAA